CCUCGUUUAGUGUUAUGAGACUUACAACUGCCAUUAACUUUUCAAGUUUCCAUAGUUAUUUCACUUUCUCUCUUCAAACACUAAUACUUUCUAGGAAGUUGAAAUUUUAUUUAACUACUCUGAAAUUCAAAACCCAUUUUUCUCACAUUUCUUCAUCUUUUCCAUUCAACCAUCUCCAACACGCCACAUCCUCCUCCCUACUCGUCUCCACCGGCGGUAUUACCACCGGCGGUUUUGGUCGGUAUGCGAUUUUGAACCCGAAUCCGACCGACCCGCCCGAAACAACCGUUUUGAUCAAAUUUUAGUGCUGAUUUGCAGAGAUAGAUAGAUGAUAAGAGAUGUCAAGAAAACCUGAAAUUUUGUUCCUAGAGGAAUGGCUAAAGAGUAGGUGUGGUAGUGAUGAUUCUAACAAAUUCACCUCUAAAACCUCUGAUUCCACCUCUGCCAGAUCCAUCAUUCAGGCAUGGUCUGAACUCCGAACCUCCCUUCAAGGUUCUUCAUUUGAUCAACAUCAUCUCCAACAUCUCAAAACCCUAGUCAAUUCCCAAACAUCUCUCCAUGUUGCUGACCCACAAGCCAAACUUCUCCUUUCCAUUCUCACUACUUCAAACUUUUCUCUUCCGUAUGAAUCUUUUCCUCUUUGUUUUAGACUUCUUUACAUAUGGAUUAGGAAAUCCACCAAACCCAAUUUUGCUAUUGUUGAUUCGGUUGUAGAGUUUCUUUCUAAGCUGUUUUUGUCUUCUCAAUUUUAUGAUUUUGGAGACAAUCCUGUUUUUUUCUCUGAAGCUAUUCUUCUUUUGGGUGCUUUUUCUUUUGUGCAUUCUUUAUCUGAGAAUACUAAAAAAUUGUGCUUGGAUAUUUUUUCUAGAUUGUUGGUAGAUAAGUGUAGGUUACUUUGUUUGUUUAAUGAAUUUGUGCCUCAUGUUCUUGCUGGAAUUGGGUAUGCUUUGUCAUCUUCUGUGAAUGUUCAUUGUGUAAGAAUUGUGGAUUCUUUGUUUGAAAUUUGGGGAAAUGAUGGUGGGCCUCAAGGAAGUAUUGCUCAUGGACUCAUGGUUCUUUAUUUGAUUGAUUGGGUUGUAUCGAACUUGGUCAAUUUCGGGUUUUUUGAGAAAAUAAAUGUUUUUGGAAGAGAAACUUUUGAGACUUUUAAGGAAAAUUAUGCAUCAUUUGCUGUUUUUAUGUCUGGAAUUGGAGUUUUAAGAGUUACUGAUAGAUAUGCUUCGACUGGUAAGAAAUCGGAUGUAGUCACUAGAAUGAGGAGUUAUGCGGUUGUCCGGGUUGAAGCUUUAGUCGAUAAUUUGGUUUCCAGGACAUUAAGAUUUAGUAACACAGGAAAUGAUCUUCAAAAUAGACUUUUGCUUCAGUGUGUUUCGUUAGGAUUGGUUCGAACCAUUUCCUUUUCAGGUCAUUCCUCAUUGUUUGUUUGCCUUGCUUUGUCAUUGUUAAACGAGAUACUUCCUUUGCCUCAUCUUUACGAGUCAGUGUUUGAAUUGUCGCCGAGUUCUGGUGGACUAAAGGUUAAUGAGAUCAAAGAACAUCUAGAUAAUAUCCUCUUCAACGAAGCAGGAGCUGUAACCGGUGUUUUCUGCAAUCAAUAUGUUUUAGCAGAUGAAGAAAAUAAGAAUAUAGUCGAGAAUCUUAUAUGGCAAUACUGUCGGGAUAUUUACUUUGGACACAGGAAAGUGGCUAUGCAUCUUAAAGGCAAGGAGGACGAGUUGCUUAAGGAUUUGGAAAAAAUUGCGGAUUCUGCUUUCCUCAUGGUUGUCGUCUUUGCACUAGCUGUAACAAAGCACAAAUUAAACUCCACAUUCAAUGAUGAAAUACAAACUGAUAUCUCGUUGAAGAUACUAGUAUCGUUUUCUUGUGUAGAGUAUUUUCGCCAUGUACGCUUGCCAGAGUAUAUGGAAACCAUUCGCAAGGUAAUUGCAAGUGUUAACAAGAAUGAGCAUGCUUGUACAUGUUUCGUGAAUUCACUACCCUCUUAUGGUGACUUAACAAAUGGUCCAGGCCAAAAAACCAAUUACUUAUGGUCCAAGGAUGAAGUGCAAACAGCUCGCGUUUUGUUUUACCUACGAGUCAUUCCAACUUUGAUCGAGUGUUUACCCGGCCCUCUAUUCGGAAACAUAGUAGCUCCAACUAUGUUCUUAUAUAUGGAACAUCCAAAUGGAAAAGUAGCACGAGCCUCUCAUUCUGUUUUCACGGCAUUUAUGUCUAUGGGGAAGGAAACUGAAAAAAACGAUAAAGUCUCAUUGAAGGAGAAGCUCGUUUUCCAUUACAUUCAAGUCUCCUUAUCGGGAUAUCCUGGCAUUACUCCUUUCGAGGGAAUGGCUUCUGGAGUUGUGGGAAUGGUCCAACAUCUUCCUGCCGGAAGCCCUGCUACUUUUUACUGCAUUCACAGUCUCGUUGAAAAAGCGAAUCAGCUCUGUUCUGAAGUCUUCACUCAUGAGGCUGAUGCGUGGAAGCAGUGGCAAGAAGAGCCAGAACCAAGCAAGAAAUUAAUGGACUUGCUUUUACACUUAGUUUUCCUCGUUGAUAUACAAGUCUUGCCCAACUUGAUGAAACAAUUGGCACAGUUGAUUACCAAGUUACCACAAGAUGCACAAAACAUAGUUUUGAAUGAGUUGUAUUCACAAGUGGCUGAUUCUGAUGAUGUCGUCCGCAAACCCAUGUUGGUUUCAUGGCUGCAGUCAUUGUCUUAUCUUUGCACAAUGGUUUUAAAUGCAAAUGCAGCCUCCAAGAAAAGUAAAAGUGAAGACUCACUAAGCGGUGAAAGAAUAACUGCACAUCUCUAAGAGAUCCUGGUCCUUUCUUAUAUAUUUCCGGAUGUUCAGUUUGGGAUGGCUUGUUGGUACUGUUAUUGAGGCGCCAUAGAUUCGUGUUCAUUUUUUGCUUGUUAUACUCGAGAAGGUUUUGGUUUGUUCUAUAAUUUGAUUAGGAAUAUGGAAAUAUACUUUGUUUCUUUAGUUUAAAUGGAAAUUAUGACUAACAAAUGCUGUCAAAUGUCAAUGGUGGAUAACAGAAAAUAGUAGUUUAUUCAAACUCUGCUAUGCUACAUUGCUAUCGUGCCGCUACAUUAUGACUCCUAUAUUGACAACACUUUUUGUUAAAUAGCGUAUUGCAGAACUAUAGUGAUUUGUUUAAAUUAUGUUGUUAUAAUGCUUCUAUAGCCGCUAUUUGAUAACAUUUGAAUAACAUAUUGAAAAUAUAUUGCACGGGAAUUUGGUUAAGUGGAA